AUGCAGACAUCUGCUGCUGAAUUUCUGCUCUCGUUCCACGUCUCCUCCUCCAGCUGCAGGCCGGACCGCAGGUUCCCCCUGGAAGGUGCUUGUGUGCUGGUGGACAGCACCCCCUGCCUGCGGACAGUGUCCCUCUUGCUGCCCCCUGAGGUGGCGGAGACUGGCCUGUGCGGAGAGACCAGCCUGGUCCCCCUGGCUACCCUCAGCCCCUGUGUGGCCCAGUACCCCAACCAGGCCACCCACCUCACCCGAAUCUGCUGUCUUUGCUCUGAGAUGGUGUACAUUGUGGAUGGGGAUCUCCAGCAGAGUCCAGAGACUGUACAGAGAGCAGUCACAGAGCAGACACUUGUCCUGUUCGUCUUCAUCCAGCACAGAGACCCCUUCCACUCCCAGCUCUCUGACUUUAUAGCCGGUGAGGAGGUCCUGCAGAGACACCUGGACCAGAUCCUGCUGCACAACACAGAGAGAGUGAAGUCUGCUCUGUACUCUGUGCUGGAGUCCACACUCAUGGGCCUCCAGAGGAGACAGCAGGCUCAGAGGAAGCUGUGUUCUGCUCUGCCGGUCAUCUUGAGCUCAGUGUGCAGUGUGGUAACCAGCAGCAGCAGCCUGGGCUUCAGAACCACUUGUCUGGACCGCAUGAUGGAGGACAUGUUCUGGCUGCAGGAGAUCUCGAACAUGUGCGAGUGGGAAUUAUGGGGGCCCUAG